AUGGCGAAUAAAGAACAGCAAUUUAACGCUUCAACCGGUUCGGUGAAGGCGAUCCUCAAUAGUGCAACCCCAGCAGAACAACAUUUGCGUGAUGAAGAUAAUGCAAGAUCCUAUAGAGAUGUGGUGAAGAAUGCAUCCUUAAAGUGUGACGUACAGCACACGGAACAUGUUGAUAAUCCGAAGGAAACAAACGUUAGACAAAAACGUAAGAAGGCGUCAGAAAAGCAAGGCGCUAAUGUCAUUGUGGAUGGAAAACCAUCGCUAGACCAUCAAUUAUUAGGAAAAGAAUCAACUGCAUCCUCGCAACCGGCACCAUCUUCGGAAGCCUUGGGCAAUCUUGCCAAAGCGAACGGGAAACGGUUGAAGUUGGAUCUUAAGACCCACCAGGAACAUCAGACAAGUGAUGCAACAUCACCAUUGGGGCUGUUGCACGAGGAGAAAGUGAUCGUACGAAGCAAACCGCCGAUUCCACCGAAACCGGACGUCCGGACGAUACAGGCAUCGUCCCAAGGGCAACAAAAGACCACCGUUUCGCCCGCGACGCCACCCACCAAGGGCAAGAAGCAGCAGGUGACCGAAGCCCACAAUGCACACACCGUCCAGAAGCUGCUGGCCCAGAAUGAACAGAUGCGGCUAGAACUGAGCGAACUCCGAAGUAGCUUGACUGCGGAGCGGAAUGCAGUCAGAGUGUUACGGGCCCAAAAUGAGUCCGAUCUGCGAAAGACGAAAUCCGAAUGUAAGAAACUGCAGGAAGCUCUGCAGCAUCAGAAACGUCAUACGACGGGCCAGUGUCCGGGCGUGUCCGUGGGAGGUGGAACGCCGGCCAAGCGGGCACACCGGGGCUCGUCGGAACACCAAGAACCCCACGUCGGUUGGGCUUCGGAGACACGCGGUCCGCACCAUCAGCAGCAGUGCUGUUUGGAAGUUCUGAAGCUGAAUCAGGAGAUUUCUGCCCUGCGGGAAACGAACAAGUUCUUAGAGGAAAAAUAUCAAAUUUCCUCCGAGGCUGAACGGCAGAAAGCUUCCGAUAUUCGCGUACAGCGGGAUUUGCACGAACUACGAUUGACUCAACUUUCCAAGUCAGCUAGAAACGAAAUCCAGCGUAUGCUGGAGGAGCUGAAAUCGAAGGAUCGCAGCAUAGCGCAGCUCAAGAAGGAGCUCCAGGCUGCGCUAGCUGCCCAGGUAGGAGCCGGUGGUGGAUGUCGCAAGGAGAGAAAAGCUGCUAAAAAUUCCGCUCAGCAAUCGCACGAGAUGCGAAAAUUGCGUGAGACAGAACCAUGUAGCGGAACUAUCAGCAAAAGCAACAGCAAUAACAGCAUCCAAUCCGUCACCGACGAUUACGAACAGCUGGAAACGAAAGAAUCUCUGGAGCUGACUAUUGUCACCGCGACAACCACGACGACCGCAGUCCCGGCAGCGGAAGAAGCGUCGACCCACGACUGCAGCUGCCGUACGACACGGAACAUAAGUGAAACACAGGAAAAUAACAUAGACGUAGCGAUAGAAACAACGACGUGCGGCAAUGAUGAGGCUGAACGGCCAACGCUGCCGCACGAAUUAUGUAAACGAACCAAGGAAGCUCACAGCAACGACAGCAGUAGUGUCUGCAGCGUAGUACUAGAAUCUAAGGUCAGUUCGCCUUAUUUUGCACCGAGCGCAACGGACACCGAAUCCGCACCACAAACGAUCGUUUCCAUCGAGUGCCAACAAGCGUCCCUUAGCUCUGAUCCGGAUUCGGCCCUGUCCUCGAUGAGUCCGCAACCGAACAGCUUUACCGGUGAUGCGCCGCAGGACGAUCCUUGGAAUGUGCAGCAUUCGCCGAUCGUCCGGGAGGAGGGCAAAUUGACCAGAAUUAAGGCGGAGCUGGAUGAGAUGCAGCAACGGUACGAAACCCUCAACCGGGACUACACGCUUGCCAAGGAACAGAUCGACCAGCUGGAGCAGGAGCUGGUUAAGGCAACACAAGCUUCCCGCGAACAAAGCAAACUCAAUGAACGUAUCGCAUACCUCGUUAAGCGCGAGGAAGACCUGCUAAAGGAAAGUCACGAGCUGCGCGAGCAAAACGAGCUGCUCGAAUUUCGUAUAAUCGAGCUCGAGGAGAGCCAUGACAAGUGGUCGCUUCGAAACAACUCAAGUCCCACGGUGGGCGGUGGAACAACAAAGGAUGGCUGGACGGACACCGAAAAGGAACACGACGAACUGAUAAUGCUCUCGGAGCGAUCCGAUUCCGGCGUAACCUCACCCAAUAGUCAUCACCAUUUGGAGGAUCAGCAGAGCGGUGUGCCGUCGCCGUGCGAUUUAUCUCUCUUGGAUCAAAUACCCACAGACGAUGUGCGCAAGCGCCUCAUCGCGAUGACCAAGCGGUCGUGUUACGACGAAGAGGAUAAGCUGUGUUUCCUGCAGAUCCUCUCACUACUAAACAACCUCGAGGCACUGUCACAGGAUCAUGAGAUCGCCGGCGAUGACAUGAGUCUUGAAUCGCCCGUCCAAAAGUACAACUACAGCUUGCCGGACAGCAGCACACCACCGAAGGCGCUGCUGCAGUCAGCAGCGGCCGCGGUAAUGUGUAGUUCAACUCCGUAUAAGGCCGGCACCGGAAGAAUAGUCGCUACCGUGCAACCGUUCCACAGCUCCGACCAGCAUGUGGCCACCCCAACAUCUCAACCAAAAGCGCCAUCAAUUGCAUCGAUCGCCGAAACGUUCGGUGGUAUGAAGAAAUCGACGCGGUGGAAUAACGCGACCAGCUUGCAAGAGAGCGGCGUGUUCGUCGACGAACCGUGUACUCACGUUGCCACUCAGACGGAAACGGAAGACUUCCCUGCGUUGGAAAAGACAAACGCCGAACUGUGCGCCGAGAUUGAAAAGCUGAAUCGGUUCCGGGAGAAGAUCGAAGAGUGCAAAGGGGUAGCGGCCGCUGUCUGUAAGACACCCAGCCAGGGCUCGAUGGUGGCGUUAAAUCUACCGGCCGCGAGUGGAGACGAAGCAUGUGAUAGACGCCGGCUGCAGUUCUACGUCGAGCGAGCAGAGAUGCUUGAGAACAAGCUGAAGGUGUAUGAAAGCAGCGGCGAUCAACAGCAACGGCAUCUGUCCGAGCGAUUGCAACGCGAGGUACAGCUGGAAACCUGGGUGAAACAACUCUCGGAAAAGCUCGGCCGGGUGGAGCUGGAAAAUGAGCGACUCGAGGAGGAACGCUGCGAGCUCGAGGAGAUUGAGAAUGACACCCGCUUGCGGUUGCAGCGACUGGAGGAAGAUCUGGAAGUGAUGGGCCAGCGAAAUGAAGAGCUCGAAAUGUCCAGAAGCUCUUACCAGUCCAAGUUCCAGGACGCGAAGGAAAACAUCACCAACCAGGAGGAAUUGAUUCACAAAUACGAGGAGAAGAUCUUCCUGCUCGAAGAGAACGAAAACGAGCUGCGAGAGAAGAUCGAGUUGAUCUACAUGUUCAUACCGAUGAUGCUGCUCUACAACAGCUGGCAGCUUCAAGAGCAGUUCAAACAGUACCAUGCAACUUUGAUGGCACACCAUCCACUCCAGCAGCAGAAACAGCAACGAUCCAUGUUGUCUUUUGCCGAACCCCAUGCCAUUCAGUGCAUUCCUACGGAGCACAUCGACUACUACGAUAGCAGCUGUUCGCAAGCGGAAGACAUGCAGGGUCGGUUGAGCGAGCUAAUGAGUCGCGAAAAGGAACUGACGCAGAAGAUCGCGGAGCUGAACCGUGCGUACAAUGAGACGCUGGAAAAUGCGGACAACCUGUGGGCACAGAUGGAGCGCGAGUACAAGGAAAAGAUCAGUCGCUGCGAGCAGGAGGAAGCGACACUCAAGUCUAAGAUAGCACAGCUUGAGGAGCGUUUGAGCAAGGACAGUGAGUAUGCGAGCGAACGAAUUGCCCAUCUAGAAGAGGCCGAAAACAGCCUGAAGAGUCGCGUAAGUCGGCUGGGCAAGGAGAAUAAGGAACUGUCCGCUAAGCAUGGUGCUUUGCUGGAGGAGUACGGCACGCUGAAGGAUGACUAUGCAAAGCUACAGAACUACCUGCGCGGUCCGGCGGCCGAAGCGUUGGAGCGAGAAAAGAAGCGAGUGCUGGCGCUGGAAGAUGAGCUGGCGCACACCGAACAGAUGCUUCGUGAUGGUGAAGAAUCACACCGCACGGAGGUGGGUGCACUGCGGGGUCGUUUACUAACCUCGACCAAGGAGCUGAACCACAUCGAGGUGACGAACAGUGAGUUGCGCGAAGAGGUAGAAACGCUCGAAGCGCGCAUUCGUGAGCUGAUGUCCCAGCGUGGAAGUGAUGAGGAACGCAUCAAGCAGCUCACGGAAGAGCUGGAAGCGAAGCAGUCGCAGAUUGUUGCGCUACAGCACGCGCGGAAAACUGGCGGUCCCGGCGCCGGCAGUAACCGGACGUCAGUUGGACGCAGUUUAGCACAGGAGCUCGAACGUCCGCUCAAGGGCACUUACACACGCCACGGGUACGAGGUACAUCCACUGGGUCGGAAAUUCACCGACAGUGAUAGCAGUGGAGGAGAGGACCGAAGCAAAUUCCCUCACACGAGACCGUCGGCAUUUGAAACCAAAGAAGUGAAGAGCCUUGCCGAGACGAUCAUUCUGAAUGCCGAAAGCAGGGGAGUGAAGACGCCAAAGAAAUCCUUCGUUGAGGAGGCUCGCAGCCGAUUCGCUCGUUGGGUGUGA